UUCAACUGUCAACAGCAUGGCAGCGCGCGGCGGAGGGAGGUUUACGAGCCCGUUUCUAUAGUAAUAAUAAUAAUAAUAAUAAUAAAAAAGAGAACAUUUUCAACUAUCAGAAAUAUCUCAUUGAAAAUGUAAAUGCCGUGUUUAUUUGCGUAGCUGUCUGAACUGAAGGCGCGAUUAUUAAGCCGUUUUUCUGUAAUAAGAAUUGCAACGUUUUUGCAGGGGGUUGGGCUGUUCUUAGUCCAAUAAGAGGAAGCUCAGUGCUUCCCCCUGCUGUUGAAGAUGAAACUGGCAGUGCCUACGACAGAUUGUACCCCCAAACCCUACACCCCACUACACUACACUGACCAGGAGAGCCUCCCAUUGCACUGCGCCCCAAAACGACCGGGGCACACAGUCCUGGAACCUGUCUCUGCGACGAGCAAGCCCAUGUUAUUGGGAUCCACUGACCAGGAGAGCUUCCCGUCGUACUGCGCCCCAGGACCAGUGGGGUGCGAUGACGGAGACGCAUCGUUACGGCAGUGCAGUGACCCCGAGAGCCGGCCUGUGCAGAGCGGCGCCUCACUGUUGGGGUACCCAGAGUCUGUGCCCAUGCGCCACGCCCCCACUCCCCUGCACUCCGAACCACAGCCCCUGGGGUCCCUCCCGGACCUCGAUAUCUCACUGACCCCUGAGAAGAUGAGCCGGGGAACGGGGGGGAUUCUGAAGAGAGGAGGAGGAGGAGAGAACAGACACCGACAGGUGCGUUUUCACAUCACUCCCCAGUCGGACACCAGCACCUGCAAGGAGAGCGAUGACCUUUCACCCCGGCCGGAGAGGGAGGCGGAGCCCCGCACUGUGACGCCGGUGUCGGGGGGCGGAGUCAGAGAGAGGGGUGUCGACACCCCCAAACCCAACCCCAACCCCACAGCCAUCUUCUCAAAGGAGGGGUCCUCGUCACGCCAGAAGGCACCUAAGAGGACAGCUAAAGCCAAGGCCCCCAAGGCCAGUGAUGAGCGGACGAAAAGCAGAGCCCAGCAGGCAGUGGGUGAGACGCCCGUGGAGGCCGGGCCAGGGGUCCUUCUGGAGAGACCUGCGCUCCACACCACGCUGGCUCUGGGGGCGGAGCUGAGGGGCGUGGAGGGGGCGGAGUUUCAUCCCAGGAGGGCGGUGCUAGAGCAGCUGAGGAAAUCAUCCCUGACAAGAAACAUUGUGGAGGGGAAAAUAGCAGAGGCUGUGAAUGUUCCUCGGUAUCAGACCCGGUUCCAGGCUCUGGUCAGCCUGGCGGUUCCGCAGCAGGAUGUUCUGAGCUCCGCGCUGAGGGAGCGGCUGGCGCUGGUCCCGCCCGGUCGGACCCAGCCCGGGAAGAGUUCCCCAGCAGAGGGCCCCGACCUCCUCGCCUUCUACAGCCCCUGCGAGCUGCUGUGGGAGACCCCGCACCUGCCCCUGGAGGGGUUGCCCCCUCUCCGAGUGAGCACCAGGACCAGACCCCCCGAAACUACUUUCAACCUCUACAGCAAGCGCAGGCAGUGGGAGUCCUGAGCGGGGCCCCCUUAUUGAUCUGCACCCCAAAAUACUACAGACCCCCAGCACAGCGCACCCCGCUGGAUUCUUGUCGGAUUGGAAAUAUUAUGUGACGUGUGUCUGCUGUGAUCUGUGUUUUUUUUUCCUACUAAUUUUAUACCGUAUGAUUUUGCAAUAAAAAAUUACAUAAAAA